AUGGCCGGAGGGCUGCGGCUGCCGCUCCUGCUGCUGGCGGCCGCAUUGGGCGCCUGUCUGGGGGACGGCCAGGAGGGGAGGUCGUGCCCCGUCGUGCUGCCGGUGGAAUCGAGGUCCAAGCUGCGGGUCGACCACGAAGGCCUGGAGGUCAUCCGUAGCAUAGGCGGCCCGGUGGCUCCCGUAGUGGUGAUCGGCCCCUACAGAUCGGGGAAGUCCUUCUUGCUUAACCAGCUGCUCAACGUCUCCUGCGAUGCGGGCUUUGGCGUUGGCCACACGCGCAGCACUCAGACAAAGGGCAUAUGGGUUUGGAGCGCCCCAGCCGUGGUGCCAACGAGGGAGGGAACACCGCUGUCUGUGGUGUACAUGGACACAGAGGGAUUCGAGAGUGCUGGGAAAUCAGACUCCUACGACGAUCGAAUUUUCGCCCUGAGUGCGUUGAUGAGCUCUGUCUUGAUAUACAACCUGCCAGAAGCAGUCAGGGAAUCUGACAUCGAGAAGCUGUCCUUUGCCAUCGAGCUGGCCAAUGGGCUUUACAGCACCGCUGGUGAUGGAGACAGCCACCUGCUGAUCGAGCCGGGCAACAUGGUAUGGCUCAUACAGAGGGACUUCUUGGGGGGGAAGACAGUCCAGGAGAUGGUGGACGACUCCUUGGCCCAGGUGGACAACCCCUUCAACGACAAGGACAUCGACCAGAUCAACCGCAUCCGCAAGUCCCUGUCGCUUGUGGCACGCAACAGCACGGCGUUCGGACUCACCCAGCCCCACUUGAAUCGCACCGGGCUGUGCUCCAUGGGGGACAGCAUGCUGGAUGCAAGGUAUGUGAAACAGAAGGCGCGGCUGGCCGGCCUGGUGAGGGACCUCGCCACCCCAAAGCUGAUGAAAGGCAGGGUGAUGACCGGAAAACGGCUGGCAGAGUUGAUAGAGAAGGUCGUGGGGGCCCUCAACGAGCGUGAAAUACCUUCUGUGACGUCCAUCGUGGACAGCUUCAACACGGAGCUGCUGCACAAGUGCAUCCAGAUGUACGUCGCCAACUGGACGUCUGCCCGACUGCCGAUGGACGAGGGCGCCCUUGAGGACCUCCAUGCAGAGUUCCUUCUCGCAGCGAUGGGCCACUAUGAGGCCCACAGGUUUGGCGCAUCCGAGGAGCUGGUGGAGGGUGGAAACGUGCUGCGGGAGCGGCUGGCCAGAGAGAUAGAGAGGGCGUAUGACACCAAGAUGACGGCCAACUCCCUCAAAUCCCUGGAGGUUUGUGAGUCGGCAGAGCGGGAGUGUGAGCAGACUCUUGAGCGGCUGCAGGCCAUGAACCUCCCGUCCAAAAAGAAGUUCACUGUCGAAUUCGAAGAUUGCGAGAGGGUCACUUUUGGCGGGGCGUGUGUGGGCCCUGCGCUGGAAAAGCAGAAGGCCAGGCUGCGCAGCGCGUGGGACAGGGAAUUCGGUCGGUUUGAAAAGGACUACAACGACCGGUUGUACCUGGGGAUGGUCCUAAUCACACUGGCGGGGAUCGUCGCGUUCAGGUUCAUUUGCAAGGUGCAGCCCAUGGAGGGCGCCUGCUGGGUUCUGUUCGUCUUCUUGGAAGGGUACCCCAGAGUGGUGGAGUCCCAAAAGGAAAUGUAUGCCAGCAGGUGGUGGGCGGCCACUGUCAGGGUCUGGGAGUUCCUGGCAUACAACCCAGUCACCAAAUCGGGCUGGCUGCUGCUGACGGCGGCCGGCGUGUUCGCCUUGUGGCGAAUAGGGCUCCGAAUGCGCCGAAAGAAGCGACCGCGCAAACGAGACAGGCGCCGUGACCUGGACGUGUAG